GGAGGCGCAUUAUAAUCCUUGGACUCCGUGUAUCUUGGGGAAGAAUGCGUCUGUCCACAGUGCUCCUAUGGGUGCUGGUGCUCCAGCAGACAUUUGCCGAUAUUCCCGACUGCGACUACUUUGACACUGUGGAUCUGUCAGCCAGCCAGAGGCUCCCCAAUGGUUCGUAUAUCUACGAGGGCCUUCUUAUUCCCGACAAAUUGACGGGGGAAUAUGACUACAGGCUAAUGCCGGACGACUCCAAGGAGUCGGCGGACAGACACUGGCGGGGAUGUGCCUGCAAGUUGAAGCCUUGUGUUCGGUUCUGCUGCCGUCACGAUCAGAUAUUAGAGAACGGUGAAUGCAACGAUGCCAUGGAGCAGGAACUGGCCCAGAUCGAUCCCUACUUGAAUGUGACCCGCGCCGACGGUUCGGUGGUGAAGAGGCACUUCCGCACCCAACUGAUUCUCCAGAAGGAUUUGCCCAUGCCCUGUACCGACCUAUACCCACUGGACAACAGGAGGGAGAGCGAUACGUACACACUGUAUGAGAACGGAACCUUCCUGCGACACAUGGACAACGCAGCAAUGAACAAGCGCGGGUACUGCAUCCAGCACAAUCAGCUCGAUGCCAACGACCCAGACCCCAUACGCAUCGUCCCCCACAACUGUUUGAUACGGCAGCCAAAGACUGGACAAACAGUAGUGAUGAUGACAUCUCUGGUAUGCAUGAUCCUUACCAUCGGCGUCUACCUGUGCGUUAAGAAGCUUCACCGGAAUCUACAAGGAAAGAGCUUUAUCUGCUACAUGGUUUGCCUGUUCAUGGGAUACUUUAUCCUUCUGUUGGACUUGUGGGAUCUGUCGGAAGGAUUCUGCCUCACGGCAGGUUUCUUGGGCCACUUCUUCGUUAUGGCCGCUUUCUUUUGGCUCUCCGUCAUCAGCCUGCACCUGUGGAACGGGUUCCGCGGCAGCUCCAGCUCUCACAAUCACGUUCUGCCCAAUUAUCUAUUCCUGGCCUUCAACGCAUACGCCUUUGGCAUGGCGGCGAUCCUAACCGUAAUCAUUUACCUGGUGGACACGUUUGUAGAACGAGGGGUACCUGAGAACGAGGACUGGAUGCCUCGCGUGGGAUAUUACAGCUGCUGGAUCAAUACUGUUGACUGGUCUGCCAUGCUCUACUUCUAUGGACCCAUGCUGGUGCUGAUCGCCUUUAACAUGACCAUGUUUAUCCUAACGGCCAUUCGAAUCGUAGCGGUGAAGAAGGAGCUGAAGACCUUCACACAACGCCAGGAGCGAAAGAAAAAGCUCAACUCGGAAAAACAGACUUACAGCUUCUUCCUGCGUCUGUUCAUCAUCAUGGGCAUGUCGUGGAGCCUCGAAAUAAUCUCAUAUUUGGUGCAGAACAACGAAUUCUGGAGGAAGGUCUUCGAGGUGGCUGACUACUUCAACUGGUCGCAGGGCAUAAUCAUAUUCGUGCUGUUCGUCCUGAAGCGCAGCACCCUGAAACUCUGUAUGGACCGACCAAUGAAACAGCAUAAAUGGAGCGCUAACAGCACAAAAUCAUACACAGCUGGAUGUUCGUCUGGCCGAUUUACCCAUAAGCUGAACUCAUCCCAGGUAUAGCGUCUACCAACUGCCAAUUACUGCUAUUGCGACACCAAAGAACCUUGAUGUAGGUGGCACACUCAACAAGUAAACAAUCGGUAAUGCAAGUUGAAUCCUUAACGGAGGAACCACGAGAGUAAGGAGGCACAGAAAACGACAUGAGGAUCAGCCAAUCUUAUGUACGAAUCUCUCUUAACUAUGAUAUAGUAUUUCUUAGGUAUAUACAAGCCUUUAUAUGUACACUUGAGUUUUAUAAUAGACUUACUGUA